UGAGAAACGCUGCCUGAGUGAGGACAUCGCAUAUCGACCCAUCAUCCACCAUGUCAGAUAAAUCAAUAGUACCGCCGCCGCCGCCGGAGAAUGCUGCCAAAGCGGCGGCCUCGACGGCACCGGCGGCGGCCACCACCACGGCCAAUGCCACUGCGACCGCAACAUCGGCUGCGAAGAAGCUCCCCGAGCAGAAUCCGGCCUUGAAAGCAAUGGGUCUUCCUCGAUUCCGGCUCCCGUCACGAAACUGGAUGAUCUUCUGGGCCAUCACCGGCAGCAUCGCCGGCGGCGUCGUCUACGACAAAUGGCAGACCAAGCGCAUGCGGGAGAAAUGGUGCAACGUGGUCUCGCACCUUGCCGACGAGCCUCUGGACUCGAAAAACAUGCCGCGCCGCCUCACCAUCUACCUCGCCGCGCCGCCGGGGGACGGUCUCCGAAGCGCGAGGGAGCACUUCCAUGCUUACAUCAAGCCGGUCCUGGUCGCGGCUGCGAUGGACUGGGAUGUGGUGGAGGGACGGAAAGAGGGCGAUGUCAGGCAUAAGACGGCGGAGAAGAUCCGGCGACGGAGGAGAAGGAAUGGUGAAGGCGAGCCUUUGUCGCCCGAGGCGGCGGAGAAGGAGGCGGCUUCGGCGGAGUCGGUUCGUGCGAAGGCUCAUGUUACGGACUAUCCUGGCGUGGCAGGUGAUAUCAUCAUCGGAAGACAUACGUGGAUCGAGUACCUGCGGGGACUCCACGAGGGAUACUUGGGACCGGUCGACGAACCUAAACCGGUGGAGCUCGCUGCUCCCGAGGCAGACGAAGCAUCACAACAUCACCCAGGCAACUCCUCGGUCGGAGACGCGGCAGUCAGCGCUGCGACGAAAAUCAUCAAGCCGGCGAAAUCACCAGUAACAUCGUUACAAACCGUCGUCGACGAUGCCUCGUCACCAUCACCAGACUCAUCCUCUACAGAAACCACCGCCGACCCCACCGCCCAAACCGACGAAGAAAAGAAAAAAGCAGAAGAGGAGAAAAAGAAAGAAGAAGAGAAGCCGCAACGACGCUUCCCGCCGUCCUACAUCCUCCCCGAAGAUUACCACACCGCCAGCCUCUCCCCCUCCACCCCCGAAAUCAUCGGUCCCAGCAUGGGAAUCCGCUUCCCGCAUCUCCUGGGCAUCCGCAACACGCCCUUCCGGCUCUACCGCUUCUUCACCCGUCGCCACCUCGCCGACGACGUAGGCCGACAAGUGGCCACCGCGAUCCUGGCCUCACACCGGCCAUACAACACCUCGGUCGCCGCCGCAGAUCCCAACAGCAACGCCAUCGAUGCCGCAGCGGAGACGGUUGUCCCGGAGCAGAAGACUGUGCUCGAAUUCGAAGAGCGGGAUUGGUGGAAGACGGUGAGGAAGGCCCGAGAGGAACACGAGGAGAGCGUCUGGAUCGAUCCUCUGGUCACGGAUGAUCGCGUCCUGGCUAGGAUGCGCAAGUUUGAGAUGUCGGCGGAGGACGAGGAGAGGGCGAAGAGGUUUGCGCUGGGGUUGGAGAAGCCGAAGAUGUAUGACUACGACGAGGAGAAGAAGGAGUGAGAGCGAGGUUAGAAGAUGAUGGGAGGAUCGAAGCAUGAGAGAGAGAGAGAGAGGCCUCGAUUCCUGUCUCUGCUCGCCCUUUGUGCGCUUCGAAUCUCGGCGUUUCUUGUACUAUGGUGUUUUCCUAUUUUUCGCCAAAAGCCCGCUCAGACUCUAUGUCUACUCUUGACUUGUACAGUACUUUAGCAUGAAGAUAUGUAAUAGAAAGGAUUGGUCGACACACUUCAU